AUGGCUGAAACUGUUGUUCUCACAGAUGCACAGAGGAAGCACAUUGAAGAUCAACAAUUAAAUGAUUUGAAGGCAAAGAACUAUCUAUUUCAGAGUUUUGGAUGUAUUUCACAUGUUCAUGUGCCUGACAGUAAAAGAACAAAGCUUGAUGAUAAAAGUUUCAGUUGUGUAUUGCUGGGAGUUAGUGAAGAAUCAAAGGCUUACAGACUCUAUGACCCAAUUUCACAAAAGAUCAUAAUCAGUAGGGAUGUUGUAUUUGAAGAAGACAAGAAUUGGGAUUGGGAUAAGAAGUAUGAAGAAGCCAUCGUGUGUGAUCUGGAAUGGGGUGAUGAUGGGGAAGAAGCAACUGUGAAUGAAGAAGAAAGUGACUCUAAUCUUGAUGCUGAUAUAGAAGAAGACACAGAAGAAAAUAAUGCUACUGCCACAGCCGCUGAAUCUGAUGCUGCAGUUACUACAUCUGAUUUAUUAAUUCAAAAUAGAGACAACCCUUCCAAUUCAAAUGCCUGCAAGAAAUAG